GGCAUAGAUCCAACAGGCGCAGAGAAAUAAACAUUGGCUGUGUUUCGCUCUUCGUUGUCCCGUCUGCCCAGUGUCUCCGUAUUUCCCUUUGUCCACUUUAACGUUCGUUAACAUUGGAUUUAUGAGUUAAAUAAACCGGAGACUGAAGAGAUAACGGAGCUAAUUGUAAUCGUCAGUGGAGAAUUAACAUUUGUUAUAGUGUCGUUCAUUGCAUUGGCCCUAUCAGUAUUUGUUUUUGUUGUCAGAGUUAAGUGACAUGGGCAGAGCCAGUGGAUGAAUGUUGAAUUGGGACCGUGAACAGCUGUUACCUCUCCACUAGUUGACGAGGAUCUUCGAACGAUUGCGAAAUACAUAAACAAACAUAAGAAUCUGUUUCGAUGACUAUCUAAUCUCAAGACAAUAAGGAUCUCUGCUCAUCAUGUUCCCUUUCAGGAAGGGAAUCACACCGUUCUCAAUUAUGUAGUUUUUAAGGAAAGCUCAAACACAACAAGGAAAAGAUUCAUAUAUUUCUGUAGUCUGUAACAACAAGAACGUCGAGUGAGAGAUGGCUAACGUCAGGAACAAUUCAGAAUCUCAUCAAAGAGGGGAUGGUUCUACCAGAAGAUCCAUAGGUUUUUACAGCUUUUUGCUCACAUGUCUGGUUCUCCUCCUGGCCGUUGGCGUCUCUUCCAACGACAACGGCGACCACUUCAUCAGGAAGCUGAACAAGAUCGGAGAGAGUCUGGACAAGGCUCUCAGCAGCGCAAUGGACCUGAAGGAACCGAAUUACACCAAAAUCGACAUAAACGUUACGUACGCCAGCAUCUCCCGGUACAACCCGAGAGGUCUGGGAGAGCUUUACAACAUCACCAAGAUCUUCAUGGGUACCAUUCUGAGGGAGGCGCUUCCGAGAAAUGUCUUCUCCAUUCAAAACAACAGUCUACGUGUUAACUUGGAAGACAAGGUGCUCGAUCUGAUAGUUCAGUACUCCAUCGUGAUACUCAUAUGCCUUGUGGUGGUGCUACUAGGUGCUAUAAUGCCAGUAUGCGGCUUGUUCUUCUGCUGCUGUAGGUGCUGCGGUAGAUGCGGCGCCAGAUCAAGGCCUUACGACAAAAAACAUGAUCUCUGCAGGAGGAUAUAUCUGGCGACCUUGCUCAUCAUCUGCGGAACUCUGUUAUUGUUUGGAGUGGUAUGCGCAUUCGUGACCAACGCUCGAUUACAAGACGGGAUCGAGAAUCUUCCGCAGGACAUACGCACAUCUGUUCGAGACACCGAUAAGUUCCUGAACAAGACCAAUAGUCAGAUUGAUAUUCUGCUGAAGAAAAACUUCCAGGAGUUCUCGAGGAGCAUCAAAGAGAGUCUAGAUGAAUGUUCCGAUAUAGUCUUCAACGAAUUGGAACAGAUCUCAAACGCCACCUCAAUGGAUGACAUAAAGAACAUAGCCGAUCAGUUUCCGCACAUCAGAAACGAUUACGAACUACUCAAGAAUUCCACCGACGAGUUGAGGAUUUACGCGUCGCAACUGAAUGAUGCCGUAAGGAGGAUAAAGAGGGAUCUGUUGGCCUUGCUCAAAGACUGCGUGGGGAAGUUGGAGCAGUGCAACACCCUCAAUAACGACAUCGCGAAGUUGCAGACCAACGUGGACUUCGACAAACUUCCGGAUAUAAACGCUCAAAUCAGGGAAUUGGACGAAAUUGUCGACAACACCAAUUGGGAAGAAAUUUCCAGGGGCAAGGAAAAGCUGGAGAAAAUACAGAGGGACAUCAGAAAGGCCGUCAAGAAUAACACGGACAUAGCUUAUGGAAAAAUAGAGGAAGCUGGUAGGAUGAUUGCGAAGAACGCAGACAAGAUAACGUCGACAGUGAACAAGUUGCGCAGGGAGUUGCACGAGAUCGACCGCGGCCGAAACGGCCAAGACUCUGUGUUGGACGUUGCUCAAAUGUACAUCGACCAGUUCGACCCUUACAGGCAGUACGUCAGCCUAUCCAUAUGCUUCAUACUUCUCGCAGUCACCCUUUUCGUGUCUCUGGGCCUCAUCUGUGGCAUCUGUGGUAAGAGGCCAGGAGGUUACGGCGACGAUUGUUGCAACAAGGGAAGCGGCAGCCAGUUCUUGUUGUGCGGCGUGGUGUUCAUGUUCUUCUUCACCUGCGUCAUCGCAGCUGCCACCUUGAUCUACCUCCUGGUGGGCACCGUCACCCAGGAGGCCGCCUGCAAAUCCUUCAGGAAUCCAGCGUCCAGCGAGCUGUUCAGGCUGAUCGACCAGGUCGACCUGAAGGACCACGGCCUCAACGGCAAAGUCAGCCGCAUCAUCGAACGCUGUCAUCGCAACCAGACCCUCUAUAGGGCGUUCGACCUGAAGAGGACCUUCGACGUCGGACAGAUCAAGAAGUAUAUCAGUGAUUUCGACAUCGAGAACGCGCUGAACGAACUGAACAGGACCACGUCCAGCAUCGAUUUUCACGACGUCGUGCUACUUAGGCCGAAGCAGCUAAACACGCUGAGGGAGAUCGCUGAAUCGGAAUUUGCCAAUGUCGAUUUCAACAAGUUCCUGGACGAGCUCAGUGCCAACUUCACCAACGUCGAUUUGAAAAUUAUCACCGAAGAAUUGGAGGCUGCUAAGAGGAGGGUGCACGACAUUGCUCAGACGGAUCCCAGUGCUGUUAAUCUAGAGAGGGGCCUCGACAGCGUCAUGGUGCAGUUGAAUUUCUACGAGAGGAACGUGGUCAAACCCAUGCAAGCCACUGCCGAUCGAGUCAGGGUGACGGCUAGUAGUUUGGAUACCAAACUUCGCUUGGGUCACAGCAGUUUCAAAGAGGGCAUGACUGACCUAAUUACGAAAGUACAGCAAGCCCAGAAUUCUCUUAAAUACGAAGGCCCGAAGAUGAUCAGACAGGCCGCCGCUGACUUUGCUCAGAAGAUCCUCGAUCAGGUGGAGAAAUAUAUGGACCGCGUCAUAAACAAGACGGAGAAUGAAGUGGGUCAGUGUGGACCUCUGAGUAACGUCUACAACGCCACGUUGACCACUGUUUGCGACAAGAUUGCCCUACAAAUGAACGGAUUCUGGUUCACCCUCCUCUGUUCCAUGCUGGUGUUCUUGCCCACCAUCGUGAUAUCGGUCAAACUGGCCAUCCUCUACCAGAAGCAAGUACCCUUCAGCGACUAUUACAUCGAAACCGAGUAUUUGUAUGCCGCAAAUGAUAACAUACCCCUGAAUAGCGGUCGAGGUGGUAAAGACAAGCGGAAAAAGAAGACAAAAAGGAGAGAAGACAGAACGCAGUUAACGCAAAGAACGGGGAACCCCGAAUUAGUGCCAAGAGAUGUGGUAGCAACUCCUUCGGGGGACGCAAGGAAUUGGGAAGAAUUUCCUGCCGGUGGACCUCCUCAAUAUCAAAGGGCCCCCACGGAAUACGAAAGACCACCUCCCUAUUACUACCCUGGUACAACCACGUGUCCCCCGUCUGCUCCCAGCGCGCUGGAGUGAUAAAUCCAUGUCAUACAAGAAAACUGCUCAAGAAAUAUGUUAGUUUGGUCAAGCUUAGCAAAUGAGAGCAAAAUUUCAAAAUUGACAACUGUUCAUCCAAAGACAUUUGAGAUUCUAAGUUUUAUGAAUUAAGUUAGUGUUUUACCACAGUUUGAACUUCGAGGUAGAUAAUAAAUUUAAAGGGAGAGGAAAACAUGUCGAAUUUUCAAACGAAAUUAUUUGUAGAAUUGAAGCAUUCUGUUGUUUACAAUUGCUCAAGACGAUGCUGGAUUUAGUGGUCGAGCCAUUCGUUGUGUUUCUAGUCAAUCCACUCAUUUCUUUCGGCUCAUGAGAGGUUGAAAAAUUUUGAAUGCUCGGAAAAGGAGGUUCAUUUGAAUAUCGAAAUGUAUGCGUAUCCCCCUUUUCCAGUCCGAUUUGAUCGAAUAGGCUUAUAGAAAGUACGUUUUACUCUUUAUCUUUUUAGGGAACAACCAUAGGUCACCGGCUAGAACAGUGGAUCUUAAAAGUUAGACUGAUUAAGCUCCUUUACACCUAUAGGUACAUCACGAUAUAUCCACCUGUUUAAAUUUGUUGUUGAUAUAUUCCCAAAAAAACUAUUGUCUUAGUAUAGAACGGUGGACCUAUAGCAUAAAUGUUUACCUCAAAUGUGAGUGAUCAUUUUUAACAAUUCGCGCUCAGAGAAUCAAAAUCAUCAACUUCGUUUUUAUGUGAUAAACACUGCCCAUGCCCUUUCUCGAUUUCAAUUAAAUUUGAACCUUCCAGAAAGGUGUGAGAUAUAUCAUUCGUUUGCCAUUUCUUAUUGAAUAUAUUAUAUAUUUUUAACUCUUGUAUAUUACUCGUGUCGAUUUAGGUUGAUUUAAUAGGAUAAUUUUUUUAUGUAAUAUUUAGAAAAUUAUAUGUUGAGGGAACACAAGGCCUCGGAGAAGUUAUUCAAACGGUUGGCCAUGGAACUGAUUGAUAGAUUUUUAUACUUGUUCGAUUCAGGUAUUCCUUUGUCUUGCUCAGAGAUUGGAAUAAAUAUUUAACAAACCGUUCGAAAAAAUUUGGGGGACGAAUCAGACUGAAAAAAAAACUUUUAGUAUUUUAUUUGCUAUGUUUAGUUUAGUUUUGUGCAAUAUGUUCACGUCACACGAAAUUAGGAAGCACAAUUAUGUGACCAUAUUUUUGAGAUGUUAAUUUUUCUGGUUACUGUGAAGCAUGGAUAGAUAUUCCCAUUUUGAACAAAUAAACAUUGUAUAAGGACUAUUUUAUUUCAUGUAGUAUGUAAUAAGCCUUCGUAUUAUCCAAUAAAUUCUUCUUUAUU